AUGCGACUGCCACCAAGGCUAGGGCUUAUCAGCGUCCUCCUCAAUGCAGGUGUAUUCGCCAACAACAUCCUCAAUGCUUGCUCUGCGCUCUCCGACUCGCUCGGGGACCGGGUCGCCUACCCCAACUCGACGACCUACACCACCUGCAUGUCGUAUUGGUCCGCGCGGCAGAGCACACAACGUCCCGCCUGCCUCGUCACGCCCGCGACCGCCUCCGAGGUCGCCCUCGUCCUGACCACACUAAUUAGCGCCUCUGCGCCAUUCACCGUCCGCGCCGGCGGCCACACAGCGCACGCCAACGGCUCCAACACCGACUACGGCGUGACGAUAGACCUCGCGCUCCUGCGCACGCUCCGUCUCGUCGACGACGACGGGACAAUCGUGUCGGUCGGCGCCGGCCUGCGCUGGGGCGACGUCUCAGCGGCGCUGGACCCCCACGGGCUCGCGGUGCUCGGCGGUCGCGUCGCCGACGUUGGCGUGGCCGGCCUGCUCCUCGGCGGCGGCUUCUCGUACUUUUCGGGGCGCCACGGCUGGGCCUGCGACAAUGUGCGCGGCUUCGAGGUGGUGCUCGCGUCGGGCGAGAUUGUGCACGCGUCGGCCGAGCAGCACCAGGAUCUAUUCAGGGCCCUCAAGGGCGGCGGCGGCUCCAGCUUUGGCGUGGUGACGAGGUUUGAUCUCGCGACGAUUCGGCAGGGCGACUUGUGGACGAGGACUGUCGUUUUUGCCGGCGGCCAGGCAAAAGAGGCAAUCGCCGAGGCGGCGACGGCGCUCUUCACACGGGGCAUCGAGGACGAUCCCGACGCCCAUGCGUACUUUGUGCGUACGCAUCAGCCCAGCUAUGGCGGCUUCAUCAACCUCGCCAGCUUCUUUCAUGCCACGCCGCCGCCGCCAGCUCUCAAUGCAUCGACAUACGCCACACCGCCUGCCUUUCAGCCCUUUGACGCCAUUCCCGGUGCCCUCAGCAACAUCAGCAUGGUCGCCAACCUCACCACCGUGUCCCGGUCCAUCUCGACCCCUUAUGGGCAGCGCCAGGCCUGGUCCAAUAUCGCCUUUGCCGCCGGCUCGCCCACCGUCAUCACAAAGCUCCUCUCAUUAUGGGAAGACGCCAUCCUGGAUCUCGUCCCGCAGGCUGCCGCCCGCGGCGCCACGUACUCGCCCUUUGCCAUUUACCAGGCCAUUUCCAGCAGCCACCUGCGCGCCUCGCACGAACGCGGCGGCAACUCCAUGGGCCUGUCGCCCGACGACGGACCCAUGGUCAUGAUGCACUUCCUCACAGCCUGGGACGACGAGGCACUCGACGAGGCCGUGCUGCAGUCUACGCGGGAGCUGGUGCGCGCUGCGGAGGAGGAGACGCGGCGGCGCGGCGCGAGUCGACGGUUCGUGUACAUGAACUAUGGUGGUGAAUGGCAGCAUGUUUUGCAGCGCUACGGGCCCAAGAAUUACCUGGAGCUGCUGCAGACGUCGCUGCGGUAUGAUCCGCAAAGAGACCUGCAACGGCUGUGGAGAGGCUACUUUAAGCUCUACUGA